AUGGCGCCGCGCCUUCGAGCCCGCCUCUGCCGCCGGCUGCCGUUUAACCGGGCCGGGGCUGAGGCGUCGCGCCCGCGGCAGUUGCAGGCAGCCGCAACGGCGCCGCCCUAUCGGUCGGCUGGGCCGGUGGAGGCUGAGCGCGGGCACUGCGAGGGGAGGCGGGACGCCGAGCUGCGAAGAGCCUCGGGCGGGCUGCCGCCCCGCUGCUGCGGAACCCCCUGCUACUUCAGGGGCUUCGUGAAGCAGUGGGCUGAAGGGAAGGCAGUGCUAAUAACAGGCUGCGACAAAGGUUUUGGACAUGCCUUGGCAAAACGACUUCACGCAAAGGGAUUUACUGUUUUUGCUGGAUGCUUGCUUAUGGACGAGAAUGGAGACGGAGCCAGGGAGCUGAAGAACAUGAAGUCAGAUCGCAUGAAAGUGCUACAGAUGGAUGUCUGCAGUGACCAGGAGGUGGCUCAGGCUGUGGAUUUUGUGAAGAGGACCCUGAAGGAGCCAGAGGAAGGUCUGUGGGGCCUGGUGAACAAUGCUGGCAUCUCAACCUUUGGAGAGGUGGAAUUUUCAAGUUUAGACAACUACAAGAAGGUGGCAGAUAUCAACCUGUGGGGCACCGUGAGGGUGACAAAGGCUUUUCUGCCCCUCAUUCGCAGAGCUAAAGGCCGUGUGGUGAAUAUCACAAGCAUGUUGGGACGGAUGGCGAGUCCAUCUCGCUCCUGCUAUUGCAUUUCCAAGUUUGGGGUGGCAGCCUUCUCCGACUGCCUACGGCAGGAGAUGUACCGCUGGGGUGUCAGAGUUAUCCUCAUUGAGCCGAGUAACUUCGUGGCAGCAACAGGCAUCCUGACAGCAAACAGCAUCGACAAACAGGCUGACGCACUGUGGAGAGGAGCCAGCGACACUGUGCAGGAGGACUAUGGUAGGGAGUAUUUCACUCGCCACGUGGCCCUGAUGAAGUCCUUCAUUAACAGUGGCCUGAAGGACAUGUCUCUGGUCUUGAAUGACAUCACUGAUGCACUCACUUCCCCAAGCCCAAACAACCGUUACAAUCCCAUGGAGACCUACUGGUGGGUGAGGCUGCAAGUCAUGACUCACCUGCCUACUGCCAUUGCCGACUGGCUUUACAUCCCUGGAGCCACUCUGUAAAUGGCUGUCCUUCAGGCAUCCGUCCAGUGCUCAUAUAUAUGCACAGGUUAGAGCUGACUUAGUCAGGGGUGUCUGCACCCAUUGCUGAUGCAUCUCCCCUGUAGAUGCAUGUGCUUUCACUUUGGGUUAUGGCUUCAAGUCUUGUAUUGUGGGAUGCUGAGAACAACAUGGCUUUUUUCUUUUUUUUUUUUUUUCAAAUUCUUGCUCUUUGUAUUCCCUGCUGUCCUGAUUAAAGUUAAAAGGUGUUUUCCUUUUAACUGUGGAGGAGGCAGAGGAAGGUUAACAUAAUGGGUCAAAUAUGUGGCUAGUGUAAUUAGGUCAGCAGAGUUCCCCCAGUGAUAAAUUUGGCUCAUUAAUGGUCUCUUGCUUUUCCUUACAAGGACAGGCUGCUAACAGCAGAGCAAAGCUGUUGCUAUGAGAUGUCUCAAGGGGAGAAACUAAAAUGGGAAACAAAAGCAGAGUUUUCCAUUUGAUUGAAAAAUGGGUCAGUCACAGCCUUCCAUUGUUUUCAUGAUACUGCUAGGAAGCUCUGCUGUGCUGUGACUGUCUGCUCUUUUCAGGAAAACACCAACACUGCCUCUAAACAGCCUCAUUACCUAACUCGGGGGCUCAGAUCCCUGCAAAAAAGGGUUCUUCUCUCCCAGCUCUGUGGCCAGGAGGUGUCAGAGCCAGCAACUGUGGAAAGGCUGGGCAGGGAAAAGCCCUUCUAAUAAUGAGUGAGGUCUGAGCCAUCCCUCAGUUGGUCCCUGUGGAUGCUGGGACUUGUAGCCUCUCCACCCACUGCUAAUGAGUUUUGUGGGACAGUUGAAUCUGAUGUAGCAAACAAAUUUGGCUCCUCUGACUGCUACCUUAGGCACUGGUGCCUGAACUACUCAGCUGUGGUACAGACACUGUCCAGCUGUCCCCCUGUUUCCCUCAUGUCACUGCCCCAUGCUAGGCUCCCUCUUGCAGGUGAGGGAGCUGCUUUUGCUUUCCCAAAUCAGUUUUUUGGUUUCAUCUUCUCCGCACUUGAACAGUGAUGGGACACUGUGCAGCCAAUGUGGCCUGACUAUGAGCUCUGGAAGGGUGCUUUAAGUGACGUGUUUAUUUUCUUUUUAAUAUUGCACAAUGAAAUUUCCAUGUCACACAUGAUUGACUCCUCAGAGAAUCUCCUGAUGACUGGUAUGAGCUACUUUUGCACAGUAUCCCCACGGGUCUUUCCUGUUGGCUGUAUACAGGGAUUUCAGUCAUUUUUCCAAGUGCUGGUGCUGCCUGGCUUCAUGCCCCAUUCCCUCUGUCCCAGUGGUGACCGCUCGCAAAGCAGCCAGUGGACUGUGGGUGCUGCUGGCCAGGCUGGGAACCUAUUGUCUUGCUCUAGGGACCAGCUUUCCCUUUCACUGCUAAACUUUGUUCUGUUUUGUCCUAUGUGAGAUUAAGUGGCUAUGAAAAGAGCUUAUCAUUUGCUCUUUCCUCAUCUGUCUCUGCUAGCUCUGACUUGGAAAUGGUGCCUUAAACUUUUUAUAUGCCACUGGCUGUAGAUGCUUGGAGUCUGCAUGCAGCUGUGAAUGCUGUGAUGCCUGAGGAGCAAAGCAGGCUUCCCUUGGAGAUGCUGUGAAGGUAGAUUGUAUUACAAGUAACUAUUGGAAAUGCUGGCUGUGCAGUUCUUUUCUAUUCCAGAUCAUCGUCACAUGGAGAUUGCCUGGGAUCCAGGACCCAGAACAAUCCCACUGAACUGCAGCUUAAGCAGUAUUGUAAUCACUUCUGCCCCCUGCACUGU